AUGAGCUCAGUCAAUGAAUAUGAAGAGGUACACUCUACUAAGGUGGACAGCCUUAUGAUGAUCAUCCAGUGGCAUCUUGUUUCCGACAACAACAGUGUAUACUGGGAUCUCGACAAGGAACUUACUGCAGAACAGCAACAACAGUUGGAUGACAAGUAUGACAAAGAUACAGAUCUGGAUUUUGUUGGCCUCCAUUCUCUUGAGAAUAAUCUCCCUGACCUCAUAACCAUGGGCAGGCAAAAGAUCUUGGUAUUUACAGAAUUCCCCAUGAUGGCACCCUUGCUGAAAGCUAUUCUUAUGCUACACAAUAUAUCAGUGCUCACGCUACAUGGCUCACACACCACUGAUGAGCACAACAAAAUUAUUCACAAGUUUAACACUGAUCUGGAGGAGCAUGUCCUGCUGUUUUCCACCUUUGGGGUGUCUCAGCUGCCACCAGCUGGCCAGCCAUCUCAACUCAUGCACUUGCAGGAUCAGUGUUGGUCAAAGAUGCUUGUCAAUCAAAUCAUUAGCCAUGCAUGGCAGCUUGGCCAAGAGGAUACCAUGUUUAUCUAUAAUAUGGUGGCACUAGGCACCAUCAAUUUCUUAGACAAAAACAAAGAUAUCAUGCACAAGAUUCAAUGCACUAUGCGAGGAGAAAAACUCAAAGAGAGCAACAAUGAAGAUGAAGGUGACUAUGAGAUUGAAAUCCAAGAUGGCCCUCCUCAUAGGACAUCUGUAGCCUCUGGGCAGUCUGCUGCAUCCACAUCAGUCAAACAAGGUACUAAACACAAAGUAGUCAGGACGUAUGGUGGCAAGAACUGGGUUCAGAACAUACAACCAACUGGUGACAACAACAGAGACAUCUUCAACAGUUCAUCCAUUGUGAUUGAUGAAGACCCCAUAGUAAUGGAUGAAGACACCACCAAUCCUGGUCCUGAUCACAUUGAGAAUGCUAAUGAGCAGGAUGUGGAUGCAAAUGUUGCACUUUCAAGCAGACAACAGAAUGUGACUGGAAAGGGGAAGGCCAAGGAGAAGGCAUUGAAGGGGAAGGGUAAGGGUAAGGCAAAAGCUGUGCUGAUGGCCAUUGAGUGCAUCCAGCAAUAUGUGGAUGACACUGACAGUAAUGCUGUGGGUGCAGAUUCAAGCGCACACCUGGCCUCUCACAUGGGUGACCCUGACCUCAGUGUGAGUGGCUCCCAGAAUGCUCCACCCAUCCCUGCUGAUGAUUACAGUCCACCUGACUCUCACCCUAUCAUUACUGGCUCCCAGAGAGUGCUGUCUAACCCUGCUGACAAUGUCAUUGCAUCUGAACCUGACCUCAUCAUCACCGGCUUCCAGAGAGUGCUGUCCAUCCCUGCUGAUAAUGAUAGUGCAUCUGAACCUGACAUCAUCAUUACCAGCCUCUGGAGAGAGCAAUUCAUUCCUUCAUCUCCUGUGCAUGAUGAUGCCAUGCAAGGUCUCCCCAUACAGGAUCAACAAACAACACAUGAUACACCAGAUAGAUUGUCAACACAUGAGCAGUGUAUGGCUUACAGUGAUAGCAAUGAUGACAUUGGCACUGACCAUCACAUGGUUGGAUCAGCCCGACAUGACCCAGGUUGA